AUAUUUUCCUAUAUUCUCCCUGAUAAAAAUAUUAUAUUCUUUACUUGGUGUUCAAGUUUUUCUUUGAUUCUUUACAUCAUGUGCAUAUUAAUUAAUCUAUAUUCUAUUUGAUUUUGUUUGUUGGCGGAUAUACUAUAAAUACCCCUCACUCUAUUGUGUAUUCACCUCUGUUAUCACCUUUUUUACAAUUAUGGACCAAAGAAACAUUCGUAGUCCAGCAUCUGUUGCUCGGCAGAGGCGUCUCCGGAGAAAGUUGAUAUUGAUCCAAAAGAGGAACAUUGCAUUCCAACCUACUUCCAUUCCAGAAUCCAGUCCCAAUCCAAUGGUUGUUGAUAAUCCAUCGUCUGUAGCUCGACAAAGACGUUUGGAAAGAAGAGAAAAAUUAAAGGAAAAAAGGACUAUGUUUCAUGUCCAUCGAACCCAUUAUGCAGUUAGAAAUGGAAUUUUCAAACGUACAUCAAGAUCAGGAUUUCGUUCAAAGCGUCGUCGUAUUAAUGAUCUUGGUCUACAUUCAUUGGAAACUAUAGUGGAGGGUUCCGGUGGCAACUCAAAUAUCGGAGUGGAUGAAGACAACACUGUGAUAUUUUCUUCGGCUGAAGCGCGAGAAUAUUCCGAUAUUGGUGAUAUGAAUGUGGUGUGUCCGAAAUGCGAUGCCUUGGUUUGGGAUCUUGAGAAAUUAAAGAAAAAUUCUCAUACUUCAGCAUUUGAAGUAUCUUUAUGUUGUAUGAGAGGAAAGGUUACCAUUCCGCUGAUGAUUGAACCUCCUUUGCUUUUAAAGAACUUAUUCAAUGGUGUUGAUGCAAGAAGUCGACAUUUUAUUUCAAAUAUUAGAUCAUACAAUAACAUGUUUGCUUUUACUUCAAUGGGAGGCAAGAUUUUGAAGGGGGAAAAUACCGGACGCGGUCCUCCCAAUUUUGUCAUAGGUGGACAAAACUAUCAUAGGAUUGGAAGUUUAAUUCCGAACGAAGGCUACAGACCCAAAUUUGCACAGAUGUAUAUAUAUGACACUGAGCAUGAAGUUACAAAUCGUUUGUCUCAUUUUAGUGAUAAUUCCACGGGAAAGAAUCUUGAUCCAUCUUUGGUAGCUGAUUUGCUGAAAUUAAUGGAUGAUCAUAAUAUUUUGGUAAAGAGCUUUCGAAUGGUUCGUGAGUUUCGCCAGCUUAAUCAAAACAUUCCGGUGCAGCUUCGUUUAUUUCGCAAUAGAACGGCCGAUGUCCGUGUAUAUAAUGUUCCUGAAAUUAGCGAAGUUGCUGCUUUAAUUGUUGGCGAUUUUGAUAGUUCAGAAUGCGGGAGAGAUAUUGUGGUUCGUGAGAAGGAUGGCCAUCUUCAACGUAUCCACGAGACUCAUUCCAAGUUUAUACCGCUGCAGUAUCCGCUUCUUUUUCCUUACGGUGAGGAUCAAUAUUCUGAAGACAUUAGGCGCAACUCAUUGACUUCCUCUUUGAGCACGAAGAGACGUGAGAGGGUCACUUUGCGCGAGUUUGGUGCUUUUCGUAUGCAAGAACGACAUUCUGAAUUCUCCGGUUUGUUAAACAGCAAGAGACUUUUCCAACAAUUUUCAGUGGAUUUGUACUCAAUGAUUGAGGCUCAGAGGCUGUCCUAUGUCAGAAAUAAUCAGAGUAAUAUUCGUUCUGGCUUUUUGCUCGGGGUCGAAGAAGCUGUUAGUCGCGGUGACGUUGAUGCUUCUUCCAUUGGUUCGCGUGUUGUUUUGCCUUCGUCAUUCACCGGCGGUAGACGGUAUAUGUUUAAUAAUUGUCAGGACGCUAUGGCCAUUUGCAAAAAAUUUGGUUAUCCUGAUUUGUUUUUGACUGUUACUUGCAAUCCAACCUGGGAAGAAAUUCAGCGACAUCUUUAUAAAUCUGGUAACAGUGCUCCAUAUCGACCGGAUAUUAGUUGCAGGGUAUUCCAGAUGAAAUUGGAAGAGAUGAUGAAUGAUUUCAAAAAGGGGAAAUACUUUGGAAAAGUAAUUGCAAGUUUGUAUACUAUUGAGUUUCAAAAGAGGGGUCUGCCACAUGCUCAUAUUCUAUUGUGGUUGCACCGGCGUAACAAACUAGAUUCUCCGAAGUCAAUUGAUUCAGUCAUUUGUGCUGAGCUACCCGAUGAAGCUCUAUAUCCGAAACUUUUUUUAGCUGUAACAAGAUUCAUGAUUCAUGGUCCUUGUGGCAUAGCUAGGCCAAGUUCUCCCUGCAUGAGAAAUCGAUCAUGUUCCAAAUUUUAUCCAAAGAAGUUUGUUGAUCGAACAACUUUUGAUGAAAGUGGCUAUCCCGUAUAUCGUCGUCGAGAUCUUGGUGUGACGGUGCUAAAAAAAGAUGUCCAGCUUGACAAUCGCAGUGUUGUUCCUUAUAAUCCAUCUCUCAUAAUGAAGUAUCAGGCCCAUGUUAACAUUGAGUUUUGCAACAAAUCUAAUUGCAUCAAGUAUUUGUUCAAGUACAUCACCAAGGGAGUAGAUAGGGUAACCGCGACUUUGCAGGUUGGUGAUGAAGAGGUUGUUGAUGAAAUUCAACAGUAUUACGAUUGCAGAUAUUUGUCUCCAUCGGAGUCUAUUUGGAGGUUAUUUGCUUUUGAUAUUCACAGAAGAUGGCCACCUGUCCAGAGACUGACUUUUCAUCUGAGAGACGAACAAAGAGUCGUUUUCAAGGACACCACCAAUUUGGAAGAUGUUUUAUCUCGAAAUAGGGAUAAAAAUACAAUGUUUCUUGCUUGGAUGGAGGCAAAUAGCGAAUAUGACUCGGGUAGAAGCUUAACCUAUUGCCAAUUCCCUACGAAGUUUGUUUACGAUUCAAAAAAACGUAGGUGGAAGCCAAGAAAGCAGGGUCAAUCGAUUGGUAGACUCACAUUUGUUCCUCAUAGCAACCGAGAAUUGUAUUACAUGCGACUAUUGUUGAAUAUCCAGGUUGGUUGCACAUGUUUUGAAGAUAUUCGAACUGUUGAUGGACAUGUUUAUGAUUCUUAUCGCGAAGCUUGUGACGAGUUGGGUUUACUUGCAAAUGAUCGUGAAUUUAUUGAUGCUAUUGAUGAACUCUCAAUUCUUGGAACUGGUUCAUACGUUCGUAAUGUUUUUUCUGUGUUACUAUUGACAUCAUGUAUGAGUGAUCCGGGGAAAGUUUUUGAACAUCAAUGGGAAAAUCUGUCGGACGGAAUCCUAUUCGACAGACGACGUGCUUUAAAUCAACCAGAUCUCAUUAUACCUUCAGAAGAGUUGAAACAGAUGUGUUUGAUUGAAAUUGAUAAAUUACUGCGUCGUAAUGGAUUGACUUUAACUGACUUUGAGUGCAUGCCUAAAAUAUUAUCUCCAGAGAUUGAUCCCUAUGACAACUUGCUAAUAUAUAACGAGUUGUCUUAUGGUUCAAGUGAGAUGUUGUCCAAGCAUGAUGAAUAUUUUAAAUCUCUAAAUGAAGACCAGAUGCAUGCUUAUGAUAUAAUUGUCAGCGCAGUAAAUAAUAAGACUGGUGGCAUGUUUUUUGUUGAUGGUUUCGGAGGUACAGGGAAGACUUUCUUGUGGAAUACAUUGUCUUUUCGUUUUCGCUCGGAAAACAAAAUAGUUCUAAAUGUAGCUUCCAGUGGCAUUGCUUCUCUACUACUUCCCGGUGGAAGAACUGCUCACUCACAAUUUGCUAUUCCACUCAAUUUAACCGAAGAAUCGUGUUGCAGAAUUGAGAAAAAUAGUAAGAAGGCAGAUUUGUUAGUUAUGGCAAGUUUAAUUAUUUGGGAUGAAGCUCCGAUGAUAAAUAGGUCAGCUUUUGAAGCAUUUGAUAGAACUUUGCGUGAUAUCAUGAGCAACCAUGUUGGAGGUGCAUCGGAGAUUCCAUUUGGUGGUAAAACUGUUGUGUUUGGUGGUGAUUUUCGGCAGAUUCUACCAGUUGUUCCCAAGGGAGGUAGGCCGGAUAUUGUUCAUGCAACUAUUAAUUCAUCUCCUUUGUGGCGUUUUUGUACAGUUUUGAAACUAUCCAAAAAUAUGAGGCUCCAAAGUUCUUCAGAUAUGAAUGAAAUGAAAUCUUUGACUGAUUUUGCCAAAUGGAAUCUUGAUAUCGGGGAUGGCAAAAUAGGUGUUGACGAUGAUGGGCAGUAUCUUAUUGAAAUUCCCGAUGAUCUUUGUAUUAAAGGUUCAGGUGAUCAUGUACGUGAUAUUGUUGAUGCGGUUUACCCUGAAUUGCUUGAGAAUAUUUCAAACGAUGAUUUUUUCCAAGAUCGAGCUAUUUUGACACCGACUCUUGAGCUGGUUGAGAAGGUUAAUGAUUUCGUACUAUCACUAAUUCCAGGUGAAGCAUCUGAGUAUCUAAGCUGUGAUUCAAUUUGCAAGUGUGAUGAGGAUGUUGGAAUUGAUCGUCGUUGGAUAACAACCGAGUUUUUGAAUGACAUUAAAUGUUCUGGAUUGCCUAAUCAUAAGUUGCGUUUUAAGGUUGGUGUUCCGGUUAUUCUUCUUCGCAAUAUUGAUGUGUCUGCUGGUUUAUGCAACGGUACGCGGUUGGUUAUAAAUCAUCUUGGGAAAACAAUAAUUGGUGCACGUAUAUUGAAUGGUUCUCAUGGUGGGGAACAAGUAUAUGUUACAAGGAUGAAGUUAAUGCCAUCUGAUUCUAAUGCUGCUAUUACUUUUGAGAGACGCCAAUUUCCAUUUUCCUUGUGUUUUGCGAUGACUAUUAAUAAAAGUCAAGGACAAACUCUAUCAAAUGUUGGAUUGUACCUUCCAAGACCUGUAUUCACUCAUGGUCAGCUUUAUGUUGCUAUCUCGCGUGUGAAGACAAGGACUGGUCUCAAAAUUUUAAUAGUCGAUGAAAAUGGCGAAGCUUCUAAUACUACUGUCAAUUUUGUUUACCGAGAAGUAUUUCAGAAGAUUUAAAGUUAUGCAUAGAUAUAAUGUACGGUAUUAAAUUAGUUAAUAUUUGUAUUUCGAAUGUCUGCUGCCCAUCUUAUUUAUAGCACGUAGUACUAAAUGUGAUUUAUAAGAAUAAGAAUAUGAAUAAACUAUCUAAUUGAAUCUUUAUGUGAUUUUUUACUCUUCCAUUGUAUAAGCAAUAUAUUAAAUAGAUGAAAAGAUUUAGUAUGCAAUUAUCUUA